CCGGCCCCGCCCGUCUAUCGAUUCGUUCCGCCUCGCCCUUCCGGACUGAGCCCCGGCGGCGCGGGAGCGGAGCAGCGAGAUGAGAUAACGGAGGACCAGAGAAGUGAAGUGGAAUGAGGCCCAUGGUCACAGAGCAGGUCAUGAACGCCUCUCAGGGCACGGUGGGCAGCGACCCGGUCAUCCUGGCCACGGCCGGCUAUGACCACACCGUCCGGUUCUGGCAGGCCCACAGCGGCAUCUGCACGCGGACCGUGCAGCACCAAGACUCCCAAGUCAACGCCCUGGAAAUCACUCCGGAUCGCAGCAUGGUCGCCGCCGCAGGCUACCAGCACAUCCGCAUGUACGACCUGAACUCCAACAACCCCAACCCCGUCAUCAACUACGACGGCGUCAGCAAGAACGUGUCGUCGGUGGGCUUCCACGAGGACGGCCGCUGGAUGUACACGGGCGGGGAGGACUGCAUGGCCAGGAUCUGGGACCUCAGGUCUCGCAACCUACAGUGUCAGCGGAUCUUCCAGGUGAAUGCCCCCAUCAACUGUGUCUGCCUGCACCCCAACCAGGCCGAGCUGAUCGUGGGGGACCAGAGCGGGGCCGUCCACAUCUGGGACCUCAAGACCGACCACAACGAGCAGCUGAUCCCCGAGCCAGAGGUCUGCAUCAACGCCGUCCACAUCGACCCCGACGCCAGCUACAUGGCGGCCGUCAACAGCUCGGGCAACUGCUACGUGUGGAACCUGACCGGGGGCAUCGGGGAGGAGGUGACCCAGCUGAUCCCCAAAACGAAGAUCCCGGCCCACAACCGCUACGCCCUGCAGUGCAAGUUCAGCCCUGACUCCACGCUCCUGGCCACCUGCUCGGCCGACCAGACCUGCAAGAUCUGGAGGACGUCCAACUUCUCCCUGAUGACGGAGCUGAGCAUCAAGAGCAGCAACCCGGGAGAGACGUCGCGCGGCUGGAUGUGGGGCUGCGCCUUCUCCGGCGACUCUCAGUACAUUGUCACCGCGUCCUCCGACAACCUGGCCCGGCUGUGGUGCGUGGAGACCGGGGAGAUCAAGCGGGAGUACAGCGGCCACCAGAAGGCCGUCGUGUGCCUGGCGUUUAACGACAGCGUGCUGGGGUAGCGGCUGGCCGACGGGGACGCCCCAGACCCCGGCCGCCCCGGUGGGCAGAGGGGCGGGCGUGUCCGCUUCCCUCCCCGCCGUCGCUCACCCCGCACCCGGCAGCGGGACCCAGGACGGUCUUGGAAAGAUUGUGGUCAGCUUUCUCUGGAAGAAGCCCCUUACAGCCGCGGGUACGGGGCACGGACGUGACCCUCUAGACACGUGGCUGGGUAUGGUCACGUGUGCGUGGGUGCCACCCACUCGGUCCUGUCCCCGCCACGGGCCGGGAAGCACAGCCGGCUCUACGGGGAGGGGGUGGGUGGCUGGUUCGUCCGGCCGCCCGUCCGGCCGGCCCUCCGCAGGCCGGGGCUCCACCGCUCCAGGCUCAUCUCUUCUGCUGCGUGGACCGGAGACGGAGGGUGCUGCCGGCCAGGGUGGGUCAGAGGGCUCCCGCCACCAGCUGGGUCGGAACCCUGACCCAGUGCUCCCUGAGCGGGGGCCGUUACAAAAACCCGCUGUGUCCACGCUCCCAGGAUCCCACCUCCUCUCUGACAAGAGACCAGCAGCCAGAGGAAGUUGAGGGGUGGGAAAGCUGCCGGGGGAGGAGGGUGUCACCAUCGGAGGACAGAGGGGGAAACGGGCAGGGGGCCGCCCCUCCUCUUCCCUCGGGCCCUCGCUUUUUGGGGGGGAAGAGGGGAGCAGACGGCGCGAAGAACAGAGGAGGGGCCCCGGCUGUCGCCGUUGGGGAAUCGCUUUAUUUCAGGCCCGGGCUGGGGAGCCCCCCCCCCCCCCCCCCGGACCGACGGGAGGGUCGCGGGGCGGCUCUUCCUACUCUAACCCAGCCGGACGCCGUCCGUGUCGUAAGUAAACCAUCCCUCCCA